GGACUAUUCAGGCUUUCUUUCUCCAUCCAUCUUCUUCUUCUUCUUCGCAAAACCCUAGUUUCAGCCGUCUCAGCUUGUUCCUCCAAAACUACAAACAAUGACUGGCGAAGCUAUCAACCCUAAAGCUUAUCCUUUGGCCGAUGCCCAGUUGACUAUAACUAUAAUGGACCUUGUUCAACAGGCUGCUAACUAUAAGCAGCUCAAGAAAGGAGCAAAUGAAGCAACAAAGACCCUUAACAGAGGUAUUUCAGAGUUUGUUGUGAUGGCUGCUGAUACUGAGCCACUUGAGAUUCUUCUUCAUCUUCCUCUUCUUUCAGAAGAUAAGAAUGUUCCAUACGUGUUUGUUCCUUCAAAGCAAGCUUUGGGCCGAGCCUGUGGAGUGACUAGACCUGUAAUUGCAUGUUCUGUAACUAGCAAUGAAGGAAGUCAACUUAAGCCUCAAAUUCAACAGCUUAAGGAUGCAAUUGAGAAACUUUUGAUAUGAAGAAUUGAAUAUUAUAGCAUUUUCGGUAUGAUGGGCCUCUUUCAACAAUCUCUGUUAAACAUAUCUUCAUAUAGAGGCUUGGACUGAGCAGAGGAUGUUGUGAUAAUGUCUACUUAUACUAAGAAUGUUAAUUGUCUUUUUUUUAAGCUUAUUAAUGCAGACAAUGCUUGUUAUGUUUUGUUCCUAAUGACAUCUGUGGUGGAAUCACUACUUAUUUACAUCAAUUGAGUUUAUUAUCAUA